GCCGAUAUGAUGUACUCAAUAAAGAAGACCGUUGAGAAGGAGCCAAGUCUGAGAGUUCUGAUUUGCUUGGGUUCGUUAGUCGUAGCCUUGACACUUGUUUCGUUUCCAAGGCCAGCUAAAGUCUGCUACCUCCUCAGACAAUGAAGGUCCAGAAGAUGGAAAAGACGCUUCAGAAUAAGAAUAGAAGGGAAACGUGCACCAAGGUUCCAGAGAUGGAAGAAUAUGGCGGUCGCGCUCCAUUGCUUCCAGCUCAAAUGCCUAAUGAUGGGAAUUGGCAUAGUCCCAAGAUGCCUACACCCUCAAAGCCAGACCAUUUAGAGUAUUCUCGCACACCAGUUCCUUGGUCCAAACGCAAAUUCAGCCACAAGCCAGUAGCAGGUGAAGGAAGGAAGCUUUCUCUCACCACCUCCACAAAACGAUCAGGAAGACUAGCAGCCUUGGCAGCUGCAGCUAUGAAGAACAGAGGCCACCAAGUGCAACAGGCCGAAGACAUUGUGAAGAUGAAGAAGGCCAAAACUCUGCACUCAGGGCAUCCAGACAAAGCCGAAGCAGUGGAUGUUCUUGAGAACUUCAUAGCCCACUUUCUCACUUACCUGCAUGAAUGUCCAGACAGACCUGACUUCAGGGAUACCAGAGAACUAAUCCCAGGAGAUAAUAAUGCCUACGAACAGUUCCUACGUCCAGGUGAGUUUGAGGUCCUCCUGACCAUCCCCCUUCCGGAUUGUACCCAAUACAUGGAAGUAGAAGGCUACCAAGGCCUUUUCUACAACUUAUCCCUCCUGAAGAAGUCCCAUCAUGGCUUCCCUGCAACUUUUCUCCUGGAAGAUGAAAAAACCAUAUCCCCAAGGAACAUCACGGAGGAAUUCUGGAAGCAGGUCAAUGCGUUCAUCGACGUUGUUUAUUCAGUACCUUUCCCAGGUUGGCAGAUGAGGCUGGAGAAAAAGAAGCCCAAAUGUCCCAUGGUUAACCUGGUCCUGCUGGAUGAUUGUGGUGCUAUGUUCAUGACCAUGAACCUCGUCCCUCUUCUGGAGUUCACCGGCCAAUGGCCAGGUACAAAACAGUCCAGAGAACUGAUGGAGGACAAUCUCGUGGCACGUCCGACGGAGAGGUUAUAUUUUGUUGCCGAACAGUGUCCGGGGAGACAUAAUAAAGAAACAUGGAGAAUUUCCUUCUCGCAUGAGGAAAAAGAGAUUUUGUACCACCACAGCAGUCCUCUAGCAUGCUACAGACACCAUGGAUCACAAUGCUGCAGGAAUGAUUGUCUGAAGAUGCUACAAGAUCUGGUGGAUUCUCUUAAGAUGGAACACCCACUAAUGUUGGCUCCUCUGAGUUCUUACCACAUUCAGACGUCCUUUCUGCACUCUCUCUGGAAUUGGAAGGCUGACACUGACUGGAAGCCUUCGGACGUCGCUUACUGUUUCGAGAGAGUCCUGGGCAAUUUCAUUCAGGAGGUGGCCUCUGCUCACCUGAGCCAUUUCUUUCUCCCGACAUGCAAUCUGUUUGCGGCAAAGUUCUUCCCACCCACUAAACUGAAGUUCUUGUGCUCUCACCUUAGAGAGAAAGAAGCCACUGCCAAAACAUCCCACCAGAAAUGUUAUCCUGCUCUGGCUCCGCGUUCUGACAUGACGCGACCACACCUGGCUGCUGUCAGUUGUUCUCCCUAGUGUGACAGUUUAACCAGGGUGUCAGCAACCCACAGCUCUGGAGCCGCAUGCGGCUCUUUCAUCCCCCUGCUGUGGCUCCUUAUCGGCUGAACCCACCACUGGCUGGCCCCACCCCCUCAGCCUCCCCUUCCAGUCACUCCUCGCCUGGCCUGAGAGAGAGGAGAGAGAGAGUCAGAGAAAGAGAAAGAGUCACACAGAGAGAGAUACCUGUUUCCCACAGAAAACACCGGGAGCCACAAAACCUGGGUAGACGUGGCUGGGGGGGGGUCAUGUGACUGGGUGGGAGUGAGUGACAUCGAGUUGACCACACCCACCCACGUUUUGUGGCUCCCGGUGUUUUCUUUUCUGUGGGAAAUGGGUCCAAAUGGCUCUUUGAGUGUUUAAGGUUUCAGACCCCUGGUUUAAUUCAAAGAUACCUGCAGCUCUGCUGGACAAAAGAAAAGCUGGGCACCUUCUUUGUUAGGGACCAAGUCAUUUAAACCAAUCUAGGUGAUUCACAGGUUUUUGCAAUUGCAGCAGGUCCCAAGAAGGAUUCUUUAUGGACUUCCAGAGGGCAGGUCUGAGCAUUCUCAGUCCUUCUUAUAAAAUCCAUCCAUCUCUUCCAUUCAUUUCCAGUCACGUUGUCUGUGAGGAGACUAACAUUCAUCCCACAAAAGACCAAAUAUUAUAUAUCCAGUGAUGAUGGCAGGCAACCUCUUUGGAUAUUUUGAAUUGCAGUUCCCAUCAUUUAUAUGGCUGCUCACUCUUCAAAGUGGCUGAUGAGAGUUGAGCUCAAAGAUGGAAAGGACUGUGGCAGAUCUUCCCAUUACAGUUUGUUUUAUAAAAACAGACAAAGACAAAAUAGGGGAAAACCUAUUCCAGAAUAAUGCACCGAUUCAUUAUUAUUAGCCAGACUACCAGCUGGGAAUUAAUUUUGUUGCAAAGGAAUGUCAGUUGAUAUUCUUGAUGUUCCAGGACUACAGCUCCCAAAAUUCUCUGCUAGCUUAUCAGGGGGUGCCAGUUUAGGGUUUGUAUUUCUUUUGAAUCUUAAAUUUUAAGCUGAGUGACUUUUUAAAAGGGCGGAAGCACACUGUAAAUUCAAGUGGCUUUACUCCAUCAUCACCACCAACAGCAAGAUUUGCAAAUGUGUGAGUGGCUGGCUGAAGAAUUCUGGAGCUGAAGUCCACAAGUCUUAAAGUUACCAAGUUUGGAGUUUAGAUCAUUGUUUCUUUUGUUUGUUCGUUUGUUUUCCUGGUUUAUUGAAAUAGGAUUUCCACCACUUUUCAUGUUCUUGUGGUUUUUGAUGUGAAUUGCUGCAAUAGUUUUUGUGUUCUGAAGAAAUCUGUUCCGUUCUUCCCUCCCGUCUGAAAAUAUACUUUUUUUCUCCCAAAAA